AUGGAGCUGAUUCCUGGUCUUCCGAACGACGUAGCUUUGGAAUGUCUUAUUCGGAUUUCGUUUGAUCAGUUUCCCAAGACUGCAUCUGUGUGUAGAGCAUGGAACGGUGUGAUUAAGCAGCCGGAGUUCCUCCGCCUCCGGAAAGCUUCCGGUCUAUCCCGACCUUUCAUUGCCAUGGUUGAGUCCAAGGAUGUUUUAUGGGGGAAUCGACCGGUUUACCGGCUCACGCUUUUCGACCCGGUGAAAGGGCGUUGUUACGAUGUUCCGCCGCCUAUACUGGAGACGGGGGAAGGGUUGCCGAUUAACUGUCGCGUCAUCGGGAUUGGACCGGAGCUGCUGACGGUGGAAGCGCGGGGCCGAUAUGCCAGGCGAGGAACGCCUGUUCUACGGAUGCGCGGGACGAUGGUGGUCGCCGGCGGAAUUGACUUGGAAGUCAACUCGCUAAAAUCCACGUUGGCGUAUGACGUGGCAAGGGACAGGUGGACAUCGUUGCAAGACAUGUCAUACGGGCGAGAGGAGUGCACGUGCGUCUUCCACCGUGGCAAGUUCCACGUCGUGGGCGGCUACGAGGUGGAGGCCAAUGAAAUCACCGAAACACUCGACCUCGUCACCCGCCAAUGGCACCUAGUGAGCGCAAAAAAGGACGUGAUUGUAUUAGAGGACGACGGCACAUGGGUGGUUAUCGCAAGGGUCCCAGACGAGAUACGCAACGUGGCAGGGGAAGAUGAUGGUGUUUGGAAGUGGGAGAGCUUAUAUGCUGGAAGUGAAGACUAA